GUGAUCAUAUAUUUGAUCGACACACGCUUCUGUUGGCGCGUGCACGCACUGAUGUGUAGCUAGGGGGGGAAAAGAUCACGGUUAAGUACACUAAAGCGUAUUUUGCAAUGGAGUUGGUGAACCAGAUGUUGGUGCAGUAUCCGCAGCUGCUGUACGGCGGGGUCGGGGCCGCGGCUUGUCUUACCGGCGGCGCGCUCGUUUACAAAAUCACGAACAGGAAGAAACCAACACAUGUGAAUGUAAAUUGUUGGUUCUGUAAUCAGGACACUGAGGUUCCAUAUGGAAACAGGAACUGCUGGGACUGUCCUUACUGCGAGCAGUACAAUGGCUUCCAAGCGAAUGGUGAUUAUAACAAACCAAUCCCUGCGCAAUAUAUGGAGCAUCUCAACCACGGAGUGUCAGCUGGCCUUCCUGUGUCUGAAGCCCCCAAGACUCUGCAGUGGGUAAACUGCCAAAUGCUGCUGUGCAAGAAAUGCAACAACAACCAGACAGUGAAGAUUAAGCAGCUGGCUUCAUUCACUCCGAGAGAAGAGGACAAUUACGAUGAAGAGAUUGAGGUGUACAAGCAUCAUCUUGAGCAGACGUACAAGUUGUGCAGGCCGUGUCAGACUGCAGUGGAGUACUACAUCAAGCACCAGAACCGGCAGCUGAGGGCUCUGCUCCUUAACCACCAGCUCAGGCGCAGCAGAGAUGCAGACAAAGCCUUCGUAACGAGCUCCUACACAGUCUCCACUCCUGCCUGGCUCAUAAUGCUGCGAGCCCUGGCUUUCCUCGCUUGUGCUUUCCUGGUCACCCUGGCCGUUUAUGGAUCUGGAGACUUAUCCUCCCCCUCUGAUGGCUCUCACAUCCUGAAGGGAGGAGUCGCACCACCCAAACACACUCUCCAAAAUAACACCGAAGCCAAGGUCAAUGACAGCACCGGAAGUGGGCAGAUGUGGAGCGAUCUGGUGGGCCUUCUUUCAGAAGAGGCUGUAGAGAACGUGAAGCUGAUCUGGGAAUCUGGAAGCAACCAUCAGAUGGCCGUAGCUUCCGUCGGCCUUUUGACCUGCAUCACUGGCGUCCUAAUGGCAGGGCCUGUCAGGUUAAGGAGAAUUGACGCCUUCGCUUCUUUCCUUUGGCUCCUCGUGUUAUGCCUGUACUCUGUUGAGUUCUACCUGAAGACGGACACCCCCGACUGGCUGGGCGCAAUCAAGCUCGGCGCUACCUCCUUGUGCUGCUUGGUCGGAUUCGCCGCAGCCGUGGCCACACGCAAGCCCACGGGUCAGAGAAGAGCCAGAGGCCGCAGGUCAGAAUCCGAACAGUGACACUUCACUAAGCCAUUUAUAAGGAAUAGUUGUGCAGGUUGCAGUGUAGGACUUCUGUUUGGAGUACUGCAUUUGUAAUCCUCAUCUUUUCUCCUCCAUGGAUGUAAACCUGCUCUAUGUUUGCAACCAUCAGUACCGUCUUGUGGCUGUCGUCAUUUUGCAUCUUGUAGCUUUAGGAAAACAUCAGUGUGAACCGGUGAGUAAAGGUUCUCCCAGAAGCCAAACGUGGUCAUCCUGUUGGGGUUUUAAAUGCGGUAGGUGUUAGAGGGUGACCUCAACAGAAGACCUUGAAGAUCCGAUUAAAAUAGAGUCCUUUUGCUAAACAUAAAAUCAUUUUCGUGUCAAAUAUAUGACAAAGUUCUAUCUAGAGCAAAAACAGAUAUCAGGAUCACUAUAAUGUGUCCAAAUUGACCAUGUUUUCCAGAUUAUUAAUACACUUGCCAUUUUAUACUACAUUCUGCAUGUGUGUACUAAAAUGGCACUUCCCUACUUGUACACCCAGUUUGUUUUCGGUGUAUUUAUUCUUGCCGUCCUUCACUGGCGUAUUGUUUCCUGAGCUAAAGCUUUUACUACACAUAUAUUUGUUAUUUAUAAUUAUUUAAUCUCUUUCAGGCCUGGAAAAUAUGUCUAUAACUACAUUUUUUAUUAUAAAGAAGUGAUCUAUAACAAGUUUUAAUAUUUACUUUAUAAACAGAUUUUGUAUGUUUCAACACUACAACGAUGAUGCUGCUCGUUUUCACUAGCACAGCUAUUGGAUUCUCUGAGCUAGCACCAUGUUAACAGGCUAAUGAGCGUUGAUUACCCUCAUGAAAAAUGUCUUCUAUUUUAAAAACGUUAUGAUGAUGCAAAAAAUUAUAUACGUUGUUGGAUCGUACUGUAUAUAUAUUUUUGCUAAAUGUUAAAAAAAAGUCUUUGGUCCAGAAAAUAUGGUACUUAUUUUUGAUGGAACAAAGUUGAUAUUUAUUUGAAGCUUAAGCUCAUUGAAAGCUGGUCAGUUUAUCUUCUAGUGGUUUGAAAAAUACUGCACUACUAAUACAGAAUUUUCACUAAACAUUACUAAUCAUUGCAUGCAUUUAAUUAUUUUGUUAGUGUGUAUCUUGUCUUGCUGUGUGCAGGAAAAAAGCUAUAUUCAAGAUGCUGGUAAUUUAGUCUCAAAACACUAUCUGACUUUUACUUGAAACUGGAGUUGGUGUUUUUAUUCUAGUUAAACUAUAAACUUUAUGAUGACGAGGGUUUUCCUGCGUAAGGUGACCUGAAAACAGAUCUGUAUGAAUUUCUGAAUCAUCCCAACCAGUGGGGAAGCUGAGGUAAUGAGGACCAAAUAAAAGCAAUUAAAACAGUUUAGCAAUUAGCAUUAGCAGCUCUGCUAUAACCAAGGAAGUGGCAGAACAUCCCAGACAGUGUCCCUGUUUUUGAUGGACAUCUCAGCUUUUGUGUGUGUGUGUGUUUGAACUAGUGACGUCCAACUAUAAUGUUUUUUUGACUUUGGUAAAAGGACUGCAUAUAUGUUUGUUGUUUAAAUAUCUGAGUGAAUCUUCAUGUAUUUCACGAGGAAUAGAAAAUCCUCAAAGGCAUUGUUGCCCAGUAUUAGGUGCUUCAUUGACUUUUUUUUUUUUUUUCCUCCACUGAACAAAUGAAAUUUUGCUACAAGGACUGGAAGGAUCUGCAUUUAAAUCCCAGUACUGCCAAAGCGCUGAUGUCAGGUCACAGUCCUUAAACCCUGAGCAAGACUCUUAAAGUAUUAACUUCAGUUUUGUGCUUCUUACACAUCAGUGGCUUUGGAUGAAAUUAAGUGUAAAUUCAGCAUUUUACGUAUAUGGUUUUGAUAAUUGCAGAUGGCCAAAAUCUACGAUUUAGCCAUAGCUGCUAUGAUUUUUGACCCCAUGCCGCAGAGAUACCGGAGACACCUCAGCAAAAGCAGAUAUACCAAACGUGAAUAAAAUUCCAGGCAGAUAAGCCAAUUCACUGAAGGGGAAAGGACCCAGGAGGUACUCCAGUUUUAUCUAGUUGAACUCUGACCUGUGAAUUUACGAGCCCCAAACUUGCAAGCCAAUAGAAAACCAAGUGGGUGGGUUUGUUUAAAAAAUAGAGGAGUUGCUCAUUAUUAAGUAGAGCUUCCACCAGAUAUUUGCCUCAGUGUUUUCUUACUGUUGGGAAAACAAAUAGCCGUCUCGUCCAAUAACAUACACUAGGGUUUUUGUGGUAAAAAUGUUUUGUUUUUUUCCCCCUCUCUGUCUGCUUUUCUUGUUAGCAGUACUGUCACUGCUGUUAUUCCCCACAUUCUAACCUUUUAACACUGACUCUAUAUUGUCAGACUUCUCUUGACUUGACUUCAUUAAGACAGUAUGUAUCAUUGGUGGAUAUUAUGUCUAACAUCAGGGUAUUUGAAAGGAAAUUCAUUUUAUAUUAAUUGUACAUUGGAGAAAUACAACUGAUAUGCCUUUAAGGGAAUUCAUAAUAAUGUAACAGCCCAUUUUAUUAAUGUAUUAGACCAGGGCUGUCCAAUCUUACGAGGUGUGGGUGCAGCUUUUCAUUCCAACCAAGCAGGAGCCACACCUGAUCCCAUCUGUUGAAUCAGUUGAGAUUGGCUUCCAAUAGACUCAGGUGUGGCUUCUACUUUGAUAGAAUGAAAUCCUGCACCCACACCGGCCCUUUCCGGAUAAGAUUGGACACCCCUGUAUUAGACAUUUCAUUUAUUAAAAGUAAAUGAAGAAUUGUAAGUGUGAAAGUACCAUUGCUGUAGGUUGUGUAGCCUCUUCAUUACUGUCUCUCUUGUAUCUCUGUAUUUGUUGCAUGUUCCUGUGACGAUAAUGGUCCAAUGUAAACAGAAAUAUGAACAUUUCUGUCUUUCCAUGAUGUGUUAAGAUCCUUGUCUACUGUAUUGUGUCUAGGUUACGGUGUCAUGGUUUCACAGUUGGUCAUGGACAGUUAUUGCACUGUUAAUUUCAAAAUACUUUUUUCCUCAAUCAAGUUCCUUACCACCUCCAAUGGUUAUUGUCUUUUUUUUUGUGUCCGGUUGCGACUUCCCAAAAAAAUUUCUCAACCCCUCCAUCUGUCCUCUGAUAAAUCAUGCUACAAUACCCUCGAUGUCUCUGUACAUGGGAUGUGGACUGCUCCGAAAACCAUUUGGCUGUGUAAUCCGCUAGUGAUAUAAACAUGUUGCCUUUGUACUUUAUGAACAAUGCAGCCUCCAUUGCUGCUCAUAUCAUCAUACAUGACAGCUAUCAAACGCACAGAAGAAUAUGGCGUUGCUGACCAGAAAUAAACAAACAUCUAGCUAGAUUUGGCUCAAACCUUUCCUCACAGCCACAUCGUCUUUCAGGUUAUACACUGAUAAAUACUGACGAUGUAAAAGGUUUAUGAAAAGGUCAUGCUCAAAUAAGAUUACCACUGCGUUUGUUUUUAGGCAGAAAUGUCCCAUCUCAUGUACCUGUUUCAAUCGCAUUGUAUGCUAAUCAUCUGUUGUGCCUACAACACCCCAUACAUUGCUAUAAGUGCAUACUACAUGGUGUCCCAAAAGUCUCCAUGCAUAGGGGACUAUAUUUGCCAGCACCACAUCGGUUGUGCCUUCAUCACUGGAUGUUUGUGGAAGUCCACUUCUCGAUUGGUCUGCAACACUUCCAGUCUUUUUGAAUUAGUUUGGCAACAGCGGCGUGUGUGAUGUGCUUGCCAUGUUUCUUGAUAAAGUCCAUCGCAACCUUCUCAACGGCUUGUCAAUGGACAUUGUCUCAAAGCAGCUUUACUGAAACAUAAACACGGUAUACAGAUUUUAAAUGUGCGAAUUUAUCCCAAUUGAGCAAGCCGGUGGCAAGGAAAAACUCCCUAAGAUGUUUAGAGGAAGAAACCUUGAGAGGAACCAGACUCAGAAGGGAACCCGUCCUCGUCUGGGUAACAACGGAUAAUGUAAAAUUAAAGAAAAGUUCAUUAUGGUUUAAUAUGAAGUCUGUUUGGCCUUAGAAGCAACCGUAGUCCCAGCAACCACAGUGAGUGUGUCCAUCUGGAAUUGGAGUAGAUGAGAGCUCCAUUCAGAGGUAGGGCAUCUGAACGGAUCAGGCAGGUCCAGAGAGCAGAAAGGAUCAGGAUCUCUAGUAUCUCCUUAAAAUCGUGUGUGGCUCGACAGAAGGAGACAGCCUUGAGAAUGAUUUCAAUACAGUCUUCUUUUGUCAAAAGCAUUCCUAAAGGCUAUCUGAUACAAAUUUAUAAUAUGAAUAAACUAAGUAUGGAAGACAUUUUGCUAUAAAGAAAUGUUAAUUCCCCUAUGUAUGGAGACUUUUAGGACGCCCUGUAGAAGUGCAGUUUGGUGGCAGAGAAUCAUUCAUGGGGCAUUCAUCAUUAGCUUAGCAGUGGAGAACUCUAAAGUUCAACAUGAUUUCCAAACAGUCUCACAAUGAUUAUGUAUUAUCUAGUCCUUUUAUUGGUGGGACCCAUCGUGACCCAUUUGCGUUCACACUACACAUGUUUUUUGAUUCACUUCCAAAGGUGAUUUGAGUAAUUUGAUUACGAUGAGUUUCCAAAACACAUUGGACCACAUUCGUUCACACCUGUACUCUGUGCUGUGCGCUUACAACCGGACCAGUCUGGAUGCGUGUUAAUGCCAGGUGUGAAUGGGCCCAAAGAGACUUUUGUACAAAGAAUUCGGAAUAAAUCUUGUGUGUUUUUGAUUAAUUCUGUGAUACCAUGAAACCGUGAUAUUUUUAGUUUAGGUUGCUAUACCAUGAAUAUUUCAAUGCGUAACACUCCUAUUUGUGACCGGGGUGAUGUUCGCGUUAUUCCCUGUUCAUAUUUCAUGUGAACAUUAUUUAUAUAUAUAUAUAUAUAUAUUUAUAUGUGAGUCUUUAUACAUGAGAAAUUACAAUAAUAAUUACAUUAUCAAUAUAACAUGGGUAUUAUUUGUAAAAUCUCUUACUUCAUACAGCCCUUGUGAGAAAAGCGUCCUGAAAGUAUUGUUUAUUGUAUUCAGUUUAUAACUGCUACAUUACACUCUGACGUCCUUGUAUUGUUGUUAAUGUGACUCCUUACUCGUGUCUAAGAGCUGUAAGACACGAAUGGACAUUUUACACAUUCAAUAGUUCCAUCCUUUCUGUAUUGAACUUGAAAUACAGCCAAAUGUUUCAUUUAGCUUGUUAAAGCCUUUAGUGAAUGACUGAUGAUUGUGAAGUUUUUACUCUUUUGCUACCAAGUAAUGUGAUUUAGGUCCACAUUUUUUAUAGUUAUAUUGUGCCGGACUGGUUUGUAGUUAUUGUAUGUAAACCAUUUGUAUUUUUGCGCUCACACUUAGUUAUGAUUAACGUUUUUCCAUAAUCAGUAUAAUCUGGGUGACUAACCAAAUAAGUAUAUGGAAUUGGUGAUUAUAACACAUUACACUGAGACUUUACUUUAAUGACAGAGUGUGCUUACAUGGACACAAAUACUUAUGACCAGUAUUGAUUUUGGUAGUUGUCAGGUUGUUAGUGGACGAGUAAACAGCAUAUGACCUAUAUAUUGGAAUAAAGAUGAAUUUUUCAGUUGUUAAUUCUGUAAUCUAAAGUCUUUUAUUGGGUAAACGGGAAAAAUGUGCAGGAAAUUUGAAUUUAAAAUGGAAUUGAAUGUUGUGUCCUUUAUUUUGAAUGGUUUAUUGGUGAGUUGAAGUUGCUGUAGAGGUGCUAUUUUUCAUCUAUUUGAAAAUAAAUUGAAAUAUUGACAGAAGCGUUUAGAGUUAGGUCUGUGUAUAGACAAAAAAAAAGAUGUGAAACAGUUGGUCACUGAGACAUAAACGUUCAAGUGGUUUUCGUGUAAUGUGAAGAAAUGCCCAAGAUGAACGUGUGCCCUUUUCUUUCUAUUCUUAAUUAUUAACUAUUCUAUUAUGUGUUUGUGUUUCAAGACAUUGUGAAGAAGCAUGUUAUAAAUAUUUGUUCCAUUUUUUUUGCUUAAGCACUACUCUUGUAUGUUUUACUGCUGUUAUAAAUAAAGCACUGUAAAAUGGGAA